UGAAAUAUUAGAUCUAUUACAAAUCUAUUUUUCAUUAAAAACAACCCUAUGUGAUGAAAAUGUAAAUGUACUUUCAAAACUGGUAAAUGCAUGAACAAGGGCAUUGACACUGGUUGGAGAGAAAUUAUAGGCUUUGUUUAAUUAAUACCUAUUUCAUUUUAGGCUUCUACUGAUAAUGGAGAGUAGAAACAACAAGAAGUGCGUUAUUUGUAAUAAGAGGCGAAGUCGUGGUGGAUCACCCUUACUUUUGAGUAGGUUUCCUCUGGAUUCUGACCGUUGUCGAAUGUGGGUUAAAAAUGCUGGCAUAGAAGACUUAGCAUAUGUACCUAUUGAAAAGUUACACCAACUGAAGUUUGUUUGUGGUGGGCACUUCACUCCUGAAUCCUUCAAUGCCAAAGGAACUCGGCUGAAGAACUCAGCUAUUCCAACACUGGAAUUGAGCAAUCCCAUCUUGCCAGAUGAAGUUUUGACAGAGUUUCCUCUUCAUGUAAAAGACUCCAAUAAAGAAAACCUCAAGACAGUUCUUUAUGAUCAUUCAUAUUGCAUUCCAAAGAAGUCAAAUCCAGUUGAACGAGUUCCCCUUACAACUACAACCAAACAACUAAAUUCAACAUGUUUGGGAGCUGUGGAUAUACCAGAUUCUGGUAUUUCUGCGAAAACAACUUUUGAACCUCUUCCUUCUACUUCCAAUGCACCAGAACAUAUGACCUAUAAACCCAUUACUCAUGGUAAGUGUACAAACUAAUUAUUUACCUUCUAAAAUAUGCCUUCCCUCAAACUAAAGAAUGCCACCCUGGAUGCGUUCUGCAGUCUGCAGUCAGGUCAAAAUGAACUUAUAUGUACAACAUUCUAGGUUUCUGUACAUUUUAUAUUAAUGCGAUUUGACC